AUGACAACAACCUACGGCACAAUUCCAACCUCGCCACCGCCGAACCUCGAGUACAUCUCACGCGCCAAGCAAAGAAUCAAAGCUGGCUUGGGAACUCGCCGGCCAUGGAAAACCUUGUUCAAUCUCCGGUCACUGAAGAUUCCCGCCAGCGGAAUACCGGAAGCGGUUUCGCGGGUGCGGGUGAACGUGUCGUAUUUUCGAAUGAACUACGCUAUGGUGGUGUUGUUGAUCCUGUUUCUGAGCCUUUUGUGGCACCCAAUAUCGCUGAUCGUGUUUCUUCUUCUAAUGGCCGCGUGGCUAUUUCUCUACUUUCUCAGGGAUGAGCCACUGGUGCUACUUGGACGCUUCGUCGACGAUAGGUUGGUGCUGAUGGUGAUGGCGGUGCUUACGGUGGCGGUGCUGCUGCUGACGGACGCGACGGUGAAUAUUGUGGUGGCGGUGGUGGUCGGGGUGGCGGUGGUGGUGGCGCACGCGGCGUUGAGGAGAACGGAGGAUUUGUUUUUGGGUGAAGAAGAAGAAACUGUUGUUGGUGCUGCUUGA